GAACUUGUAGGACAGGUCUGCACUGGCAUGCACGACUUGGAAGAUGUUCAGGUUGCUUUCGCUUCCGUUGUUUCAAGAUGGCCCGUCCUGCCCUCCGGCCGCGAAUAAUCCUGUCUGUGGUGUCAGAUAUAUUGCCGUCUUUGAGACAGUAAGGGCAGGCCGCGGUGACGUAGUGCUUGCUGCUCACCAUGCCGGGGAUUGUGGUGUUCCGCCGGCGCUGGUCUGUGGGCAGCGAUGAUUUGGUGUUGCCGGGAAUCUUCCUCUUUGUACUGCACAGCACGUGGUUUGUUAUCCUAUCCGUGGUGCUCUUUGGCCUGACCUAUAACCCGCAUGAGACAUGUUCCCUGAAUCUGGUGGAUCACGGGCGUGGGUACCUGGGUAUUCUGCUCAGCUGCAUGAUUGCAGAGGUGGCCAUCAUCUGGUUGAGCAUGAGAGGGGGAAUCCUGUACACCGAACCUAGAGACUCCAUGCAGUAUGUGCUCUACGUCCGGCUCGCAAUCCUGGUGAUUGAGUUUGUGUAUGCCAUCGUGGGUAUUGUCUGGCUCGCUCAGUAUUACACGUCCUGCAAUGAUGUCACCGCAAAAAAUGUCACCCUGGGGAUGGUGGUAUGUAACUGGGUGGUCAUCCUUAGCGUCUGCAUUACUGUUCUCUGUGUGUUUGAUCCAACUGGAAGAACCUUUGUGAAGCUGCGUGCAACGAAAAGAAGACAACGGAACCUGCGCACUUACAACUUGCGACAUCGCCUGGAGGAAGGUCAGGCCAGCAGCUGGACCCGUCGUUUGAAAGUCUUCCUGUGCUGCACUCGCACUAAGGACUCUCAGUCUGACGCAUAUUCAGAAAUCGCUUACUUGUUUGCAGAGUUUUUCCGAGAUCUGGAUAUUGUGCCAUCUGACAUCAUCGCUGGGUUAGUUCUGCUGCGCCAAAGGCAGAGAGCAAAGCGCAACGCAGUGCUGGACGAGGCUAAUAAUGAUAUAUUGGCUUUCUUGUCGGGCAUGCCAGUCACUAGAAAAACAAAAUAUCUGGACCUGAAAAAUGCACAAGAGAUGCAGCGGUACAAGGAGGUCUGUUAUUACAUGCUGUUUGCACUGGCGGCAUAUGGCUGGCCCAUGUACCUCAUCCGGAAACCGACUUGUGGCAUCUGCCGAUUGGCGGGCGCGUGCUCCAGCUGCUGUUGUCUCUGCUCUUCUCGUCCUCGCUUUGCCCCUGGAGUUACCAUCGAGGAGGAUAACUGCUGCGGUUGUAAUGCAAUUGCUAUAAAGCGUCACUUCCUGGAUGAGAACAUGAACAUGGUGGACAUUGUGUACACUUCAUGUCAUGAUGCGGUCUAUGAAACCCCAUUCUUUGUGGCUGUUGAUCACGAUAAGAAGAAAGUGGUGAUUAGUAUACGUGGCACACUCUCUCCAAAGGAUGCCUUGACAGACCUCACGGGAGAUGCAGAGCGCUUGCCAGUGGAGGGUCACCAUGGGACAUGGUUAGGGCACAAGGGAAUGGUUCUUUCUGCUGAGUAUAUUAAGAAGAAGUUGGAGCAGGAAAUGGUGCUGUCUCAGGCAUUUGGCAGAGAUCUGGGACGUGGAACCAAACACUAUGGCCUAAUUGUAGUGGGCCACUCACUUGGAGCCGGCACCGCUGCUAUUCUGUCCUUCCUUCUGCGUCCCCAGUACCCUUCCCUAAAGUGUUUUGCCUACUCUCCACCAGGGGGCCUCCUAAGUGAGGAUGCCAUGGAGUAUUCCAAGGAGUUUGUUACGUCUGUAGUGCUUGGGAAAGACUUAGUACCCAGGAUUGGUUUGUCUCAACUUGAAGGAUUCCGCAGGCAUCUCCUAGAUGUUCUCCAGAGGAGCAACAAGCCAAAGUGGCGGAUAAUUCUAGGGGGCACUAAGUGUAUACCUAAAUCAGAACUUCCUGAUGAAUCCGAGGGGAUAACGGUGCCCAGUAAUCGGCUGUGGACUCACCCCAGUGAUCUAACCAUAGCGCUGUCAGCCAGCACCCCGCUCUACCCUCCUGGACGGAUCAUUCAUGUUGUGCACAAUCACCCGGCAGAGCAGUGCUGUUUCUGGGAUCAAGAGGAACCCACUUACUUUGCCAUUUGGGGAGACAACAAAGCAUUUGAAGAAGUAAUCAUCUCCCCAGCCAUGCUGCAUGAACACCUUCCACAUGUGGUAAUGGAAGGCCUCAAUAAGGUGUUGGAAAAUUAUAACAAGGGCAAAACCGCCCUGCUUUCAGCUGCCAAAGUGAUGGUGAGUCCAACAGAAGUUGAUCUGAACCCAGAACUGAUCUUCAGUCAGCCGCCACAUCUGUCGCCUCCUAUUCUGGAGGUGAUCCCUGCCAUCAUGCCUGGCACAAAUGCCAACAGGAGGAACAGCAGCACCAAGAGUAAGCAGUCUGAAAUCAGCCUCGAGGGAUUUUAUGACUCCCGUCUUCUGUCCCCGGUGCUGAAGGAUCCCGUUGAGCUUUUAUUGAUGAGCACCAAGGAUUGCCUAGCGGUGUCACUGCAAGACCGCAGAGCGCCAUUAGCUACAAUGGAGAGCCUCUCAGACAACGAGUCAGUUUACAGCUUCGAUUCCAGGCGUUCUUCUGGGUUCCGAAGUAUUCGCGGUUCGCCCAGUUUGCGGGCUGUCUUGGAGCGGGAUGAGUCGCACUGCUUCUUCAUUGACCCAACCAUUCCAGAGGAGAAUCCAUCCUUGAGCUCUCGUACUGAGCUGCUUGGAGCAGAUGCCCUUUCAAAGCACUCUCAAGAGAGCCAGCACACUGAGAUUAUCCAUAAUAGUGGUCGGUCCUCGCCCGGAGAUUUGCCACCCUGGGAUGAAGAAGCGGCUGCAGGAGCAGAGACCACCAGGGUGCAGACCCCAGCCCAGGAGGAACUGGCUUUACAGAAUGGACGCCUCACCGAAGUUCCAAGCCCUCAAGUACUAGAAUUUGCAGAAUUUAUAGACAGUCUUUUCAAUCUAGACAGUAAAAGUGGCUCUUUGCAGGACCUUUAUCAUAUGAUGGUGUCAGAAGGAACAGACCGUGAAAUGCCCAAGUCUAUAAGUGAUCAAGAGAUACUCUUAAGAGCACAGUUUGAGCCAAAUCUGGUGCCGAAGCCUCCCCGCCUUUUUGCCGGCUCAGCAGAUCCAUCAUCUGGCAUAUCUGUUUCUGCCUCUUUCCCUCUUAGCUCUUCAGGUGAACUCAUGGACCUUACACCGACAGGUAUGAGCAGCCAGGAGUGCCUGACCCCUGAUCCCACACGGACUGCCACACCUACAGGACCAACUCACGGCAAACCGGAAGAACUACUCAUCUCCGCUCUCUAGCAAAACGCACAUAAGCAAUUGAGUCCAGGAUCUUUGAUGGAAAUGCAGCGUUAGGAGUAGAAUAAUGCAAGCUUACAAUAGGAAGAGAUAAGCCAGAGCUUAGUUACCUGUGGUAAUUGAGUCGUAGGGAGAGCUGCCCUCCCACCAUCAAUUUUUAUUUUUAUGCCUGUGGCACCACUGUGUUACAGACUUUGCACAGCUGAAAGGGAUUUUCAGACCUUUUUGUGAAGAUCACAAACCAAGGAAGGUGAUACAUUGCACUAAGAAGAUGCCACUACAUUGGCAGUCUUGCGUGGCUUGUCUUUUUACCAGCCAAGAUUACUUGCCAACCUUGCUUCAGGAGUCUGUUCAGAUGGUGUGGUUGACGACAGACAAACUGUGUAGGCUUUCGGGGUGGUUUUACCUCUGGUCUGCAUUUGGGUAUUUAUAUUGGAUCAUACUAUUGCGGAGGUGUGUAGGUACAGUACCAGCUGGGGCAAACAAGGACACCCCUUCUGCCUUCAUUACAUUUAGGUGCCAUGUUUAAAAAGACAAAUGUUUGAGAAAAAGGGGCAUCAUUCAUUAAUCUCUGUAGGCUGGACCUCUCCCCGGUAUAGCUGAUGUAGUGUGGGAACUCAUUUUAAAGAGUUUGUCUCAUCAUAGACAAUGGGGGCAUA